CUUCAUCUUCAUCCUCUCUUACAUCUUCAACCUCCCCACUUUAUCAUCAUCAUCAUCAUCUUCAUCUUGUUCACUCACUUCAGAGAUGAAUCCAAAUACAAAACUGUUCUCAACCUAAUGUACCAUUGAAGUCUCAAGAUUAUGAUUUUUACCUUUGACAGUGAAAAGGAGGUUAACUUACCUUCAACCAAGAAAACUAAUCAUUUUGAUAACCUCAACAAUUAACCUAAUUGAUUUUCAGUGUUUUUUUUUAUACAAGCAAAUUUUGAUAUAUUCAUAAAUCACCAAUCAUCAUCAUAAUAACAAUCAACAUAAUCGCCAACAAUUAGUUUUAGUUGAUAAACUUUUUUUCGGACAAACUUUUCUUUUUUGCUCUCAUUCGUUGUUGAUAUUUUGUUUUCUAACCUUUUAAAUAAUUACAAUAAACUGCAAUUAAAUUAAAUCAACAAUUAGUCUAAUCAUUAACUCGUACCAACAACAACAAACUUCAUCUCUAUUAUCAUCAUCAGCUGAUUCUUAUCAUCAUCUAUCAUUUAUCUGGCCUUUACCAUCAUCAUCAUCACAAUCAUCAUCACUUAAACGUUCAAUAAUCUAUUCAAUUAACGGAUUAACUUUACAAUUAACUGCAUCAACUUUAUUACUAUUAAUUGUCUUAAUCAUCUUAUUAUUAUUAACUAUGUUAUCCAUUGAGUUUAGGAAAAAGUUUCACACCUCGCCCGCCAUUUUGUUUCAGCUGAUGGUACUUUUUGUCCUACUUCCAGCUCAUUGGCAUUCAUAUCAAUGGAGCUCUCCAGCUCAAUGUCCCUAUGGAUGCUCAUGUCAAAACGAUGAUGUCGAUUGUCGUGAUCGUGGCCUAACGGAAAUACCUCCAGAUAUACCUGAGACUGUUACAGAAUUACGAUUAGAACAAAAUCGAAUCACUGAAUUACCUGGUCGAGUUUUCUCCACAUUUAAACAUCUCAGGAGAUUGGAUUUGAGUAACAAUCAAAUCUCAAAAGUUGCUGGUGAUGCUUUUUAUGGACUCAAAUCAUUGACCACUUUGGUUUUAUAUGGUAAUCGAUUAACUGAUUUACCUCGUAAUGUUUUCCAUGGUUUAUCAUCAUUACAAUUAUUACUAUUAAAUGCUAACAACAUUUCCUGUAUCCGGAAGGACCUUUUUUCCGGCCUUCAGAAUUUGAAUUUACUUUCACUUUAUGAUAAUAAGAUUCAAUCUCUGGCCAAUGGUACAUUUGAUUAUUUUAAAAACAUUGGUACACUUCAUUUGGGUGGUAAUCCUUUUGUCUGUGACUGUAAUCUCAAAUGGUUAGCCAAUUAUUUGCAAAAAAAUCCGAUUGAAACCUCGGAUGCCCGUUGCACUGAGCCCAAAAGGUUAUCCAGGAAACGGAUCAUGUCACUAGAUCCGGUGAAAUUUAAAUGUCGAGGUAAUGAGGCUUUCAGAACUCGUAAUACCUGUGGUAAGACUAAAGGAAUACCUGAAAUUAUGGAGUAUCAGAAUGUUGAACGAAGUGAAAAUCAUCAUGAUCAUCAUUUAUCAUCUUCAUCAUCUAAUGUCCUGGUUCCGGAAACCAAGAAACGUCAUGACAUUAUUGAGAAAUUUUUGAAAGAAUUGUCAUCCCAAGGUGGAAAGGUAACUGAUUUAUCCGAUAAAUUGGAUAAAUUGUUGAAAUAUGUUGAAACAAUUAACUCUAAAUUGGAUGAGAUGAGUAAAAAAAAUGCUCUCGUUAAAUUAUCAUCUUCAUCUUCAUCAUCCUCAUCAUCACCUUGCCUCUAUCCAGUAAUCAAGAAGAAAGAUUCAUCUUCAUCAUCUUCAUUAACAUCAUCUCUCCUGCUCCCUGGACCAGUGACACCAACAUCAAUCUCAUCUUCAUCUUCAUCCUCAUCAUCAUCAUCAUCAUCGCCUUUAUCAUCUUUAUCUUCAUCAUCUCCAAGUGAAACAAUUGAUUCAUCAGGAAAAGAUGAAGAUCAAUCUUCCGGCAUGUUUGAUAAAAGCUCAUUAACCAAGUAUGAUGAUUACGAUGAUAAAGAAUGAUAAUUAUCAGCUGAUGAUAAUUUGAUAAUAUUGGGUAAAGAAAACGAGUUGAUUACAUAAACAAUCAACACACAAAACCAACAACAACAAUUUAAUCCAAUUGCAAUAUAGUAAUUAAUAUGAAUAUCACAUAACAAUUAAGAGGAUAAAAGACAAUACAGAAAAAUUAUCACUUCGUUUUCAUAUUGAAAUUUUCUUCGUCUUCAAAUCUUAAUCGAAACUUUUUUUUCUUCUUCGCGAUUUGGUUAAUUGUCACCAAUCAUUUACACUGAUUACAAUUAAUCGACACGAAAAACGCAAAAUAAUUAAAUGUUAUUUGUAAUAUUAACUGCUAAUACCAUAAGUUGCUAAUAAUUAAUUAUGAUACAAAACAAUUAACUGAUUACUUUGGAAACUAUUAUAUACCUCAAACUUUACAAAUCCACUUUGAAACUUUUCUUUCCUCUUCCUGAUUAAUACUCUGGAUUUUGCUUAAUUAUUAGAUUUUUCCUUGUAAUAAUGAUGAUAAUUAAUAACAAUUAAUAAAAAAAACUGAAUAAAAUUAACCAAUUGUUGUAAUAU